GCGGCCGGUCGUGACCCGCCAGUCGCCCCGCAGCUGGGUGCCAGGGUACUCGCUGCUCGCCGGCAGGUCCGCAGCCAUGAGGGUCGCCGAGGUGCUGCUGGUGCUGCUGGUGCUGUGGUGCUCGAGCUGCGGUGCCAGCCUGGACGCGGCGGACGCGCUGAGGCACCAGCACGACUUCUACCUGCCGCGCGCCGUGGUGCCCCGGGCCUACCGCGUGCGCCUGGUGCCGCGCCUGGAGGAGGGCGACUUCUCGGGCGAGGUGUGGGCGCGCGUCAGCUGCCUGGAGGCCAGCGACUCCAUCACGCUGCACGCGCACCAGGACCUCAACACCACGUCGGCGGGCCUCAGCGUGCGCCGGCUGCCGGCCGACCCCGCCAGCAACGACAGCGAGGAGGUCCCGGUCAGCAGCACGAAGAAGAACUUCGCCAAGCAGUGGUACAUCAUCAUGCUGGGCGAGAAGCUGCAGAGAGGCGUUGACUACGAGCUGCACGUGGCCUUCUCCGGCAAGCUGGACAGCGCGGUGGCAGAGGCCUUCUUCCGCGGCAGCUACGUCGACCAACGGUCCCAGGAGACCAGCUGGUACGCUGCCACGUCCAUGAAGACCACCAAGGCCCGCCAGGUGUUCCCGUGCUUCGACGAGCCCGCCCUCAAGGCCAGCUUCCAGAUCUCCGUGGCGGCGCGCAGGAAGUACCACGUGUGGUCCAACAUGCCGCUCAAGGACACCCAGGACAUGGAAGACAAACCUGGCUGGCUGUGGCACCACUUCCCCGCCACUCCCCUCAUGUCCACUUUCUCUGUGGGCGUGUUCAUCUCGGACUUCCACUACACGAGCAGCAUGAUACCAAAUGGCUACAUACGACUGUCUUCUCGCCCAGAGCUACUCGAAAGUUUGGAGAAAAUUAACAGACUUUCAGCUGUAGCUUUCAACUUCGCAGAAGAGUUUACGAACGUCUCCUACCCAUUGGAGAAGCUAGACGUCGUAGUUCUGCCGGUCAACUCCAGCGACUUUCUGGCCAACAGCUGGGGCUUGAUCAUGAUGAGGGAGAGCGACCUGGAGGGCGCGAUGCUGGGGCGGCUCGUGGCGCGCGCGGUGCUGACCCAGUGGGCGGGCCACCUCGCCUCGCCCUACUGGUGGAGCGCCGUCUCCCUCAGCUCUGCCCUGGUGGACCACCUCGCCGCGCAGCAGCAGAGCGCGACUGCUGAGAGUGACGGGUGUCCUCUGGACACGUCGCUCACAGACUCCGAGGCGCAGCAUCAAGCAGCCACAGGCCACGAGUAUGCUCACAGAGUUUUUCAGUUACUGCGUCUGCUGAAUUACUCGUUGACUGGAGAUGUGUUCCGGCAGGGAAUAUCCAGUUUCCUGGAAGACAGGCAGUACAAGACGUUCACGGAGCACGACCUGUGGGCGGCGCUGAUGGCGAAGGGCCGGCAGCUGCAGGCGCUGCCGGACGGCAUCGACAUGCAGGACGUGGCGAUGUCGUGGCUCGGCAAGCAGCACCGCCCCGUGCUCACCGUCACCAGGGACUACGAGGCCAACACGGCCGUCCUCCGCCAGCACGUGUUCCUCCGCGAGCGCCCGCACAACAUCCCCGGCAAGGACCGGAUGCUGUGGUACAUCCCAGUGAUGUACGUCUCCGGCGACAACUCCAGCGCGACCGACCUGCGCCCCACGGCCUGGCUGAGGAACGAGCGCCAGAUCACCGUGGAGGACCUUCCAGGACCGGAGUCCUUCGUCGUCGUCAACCCCGAGCAGAUCGGGGAGUUCGCGGUGAACUACGACGCGGCCAACUGGGCGCUGGUCUCAGGCGCGCUGCGGGACGGCUCGCUGUCCGAGUGCACCCGCGCCCAGGUGCUCGGCGACGCCUGGGGGCUGGCGCUGGCCGGCGAGCUGGGGCCGGACGCGGCCCUCGACCUCGCGCUCUUCCUCCAGGGGGAGCGGUCCCCGCGCGUCUGGGCGCGCUUCCUCGCCGAGGCGCAGGGCCUGGCCUGCUACCUGGGCGGCACGGAGGCGGCGCCCCUCUUCGCUGAGUACGCCAGGAUCCUGACGGACCGCUGUCUCCGGAUGCUGGGUCCCGCCGCGCAGGGAGAAGACGAGAGCGCCCGUCAGACGAGGGAGGCGGCCGAGAGGUUCCUGGACUCGCUCUCCGAGGAGCAGCACAACGCCUCCUUGGACCAGGUGUACGCGGCGUGGGUCGAGAGCAGCGACCCUGCAGAAUAUGCCAGGAGUCACGAGGUGCCGUUCGAGCGAGUCCUGAGGUGGGCGUCGCUGGAGCAGUUCAGGUUCGUGCUGGAGUACGCCCUGAAGCUGCUGGAGCUGGAACACGAGCAGGAGGCCAGGGGCGUGUUCCAGGCCCUGGCCGCGUCCACGUCGCAGCACUCCGAGAAAACCGAGUGGUUGCUGAAGGAGCUGCUGCUGACGGACUACGCCGCGGUGCCUGAGGACGUGAGGCGCUCCUGCCUGGACCAGCUGUCGCGCGGGUACAACUCCUCUCGCGCCGUGUUCCACUUCGUGCAGGACAACUGGGACGAGUUGCGACACAGCUUGGAUGGAAACCCUGAGCUGUGGAAACUGCUGAUGAAAGCCGCCACGGCAAGAUUCGUCACUCAGGAAGACUUGGACGCGUUCUCCGAGCUGUACGUGCAGCGGCGCGGCCACUUCGGCAGCGCGGAGCUGCUCGUGGAGAGGGCCCUGGACCGCAUGAGGGAGGACGCAGAGUGGACCAGCGACAACGUCCCCGUCGUCCACCGCUGGCUGGAGGACUUCCUGGAGUCCUCCGCCGCCUCGCUGGACCCGUAGACUGCUACGCAGAGCGGCCGGGAUCCUUGCUGUCCUCGUACAACUUUCAGAGACCUCUUCCAAUCCUGCAUUAUUUUUUAAGUGUGAAAUAGACUCCAGGCAAAUCUUACUUUUAAAUCAAAUCUGUGCGUGAUGAUUGUUAAAAUUAAAACACUUUUGGCACAAAAUUAUUCAACUGUUUGUGUAUUUUCCAAAUUUAACUGUCAACUAACUACUAACAUUUGAUGUGCAAUUUAUUGUAAAAACCCAAAACACCUUUCAAGUGAAAAAAAUUCAUUACUAAGAUUUUGUAAAUAAAAGCUAUGUAUCAGUUGUAAGAUUCACUGUGGUUUUGCCCGAAUAUCCGUCAUUGGGCAAUUAGCUAAAGAUUCAAAGCGUUGAGAAAGGAUGCAGUAAUCUGGAGUUAAUAUUGAAUGUUGAUUUAAUGCGAGCGAAUUGUAAAGCAUUGACAGGAUUAGGCUGCGUGGAUUGAUAGGAGCCAGACUGCGUGGAUUGACAGGAGACAGACUGCUUGUAUUGACGGGAGCCAGGCUGCGUGGAUUGACGGGAGACAGGCUGUGUGGAUUGAUGGGAGCAAGGCUGCUUGGAUUGACGGGAGCAAGGCUGCUUGUAUUGACAGGAGCCAGACUGCUUGUAUUGACGGGAGCCAGGCUGCGUGGAUUGACGGGAGACAGGCUGCGUGGAUUGAUGGGAGCAAGGCUGCUUGGAUUGACGGGAGCAAGGCUGCUUGUAUUUGACGGGAGACAGACUGAUUGUAUUGACGGGAGCCAGACUGCUUGUAUUGACGGGAGCCAGGCUGCGUGGAUUGACGGGAGACAGGCGGCGUGGAUUGACGGGAGACAGGCUGCGUGGAUUGACGGGAGACAGGCUGUGUGGAUUGACGGGAGACAGGCGGUGUGGAUUGAUGGGAGACAGGCGGCAUGGAUUGACGGGAGCCAGGUGGCGUGGAUUGACGGGAGACAGGUGGCGUGGAUUGACGGGAGCCAGGCUGCGUGGAUUGACGGGAGCCAGGCUGCGUGGAUUGACAGGAGACAGGCUGCGUGGAUUGACGGGAGCAAGGCUGCUUGGAUUUAUGGGAGCAAGGCUGCUUGUAUUUGACAGGAGACAGACUGAUUGUAUUGAUGGGAGCCAGACUGCUUGUAUUGACGGGAUCCAGGCUGCGUGGAUUGACGGGAGACAGGCGGCGUGGAUUGACGGGAGCCAGGUGGCGUGGAUUAACGGGAGACAGGUGGCGUGGAUUGACGGGAGACAGGCGGCGUGGAUUGACGGGAGACAGGCGGCGUAGAUUGACGGGAGCCAGACUACAUGAUGUGCCCUGCCGAGUGGAAGCAGGCAAUGGGUGCUAUGACUCGGACAUCACACUGAGAAGCUCGCUGCUAUCACUGUUCACCCGACCAAUGAAGUGAGCGGUGCUGCUAGAUGGAGAAGGUCGCUCUGAAUAGCAAGCUGGGCAUCUUAUUGGUUGUUCAGUCGCCACGCUGCUACCUCUAAGGAGAGUGCUGAAGCCACUACCAACAGCAAGGUUCAUUUUUUGAGGCGACAAACACUUAUAUAUGAUAGGUCUCUGCGAAUCCCGUUUUUUUUUUUAUUCCAAUCGAAUAUCAAAUUUAAAGAUACAGUUUUACACUUUCAGAAAUUUCUGAAAAAUACUGUGAGAUACAUAAGGGAAAUUUAUAUGUAACCAUAAUCAAAUGCUGAAAAUGCAAGAAAAAAUACUGGCAACACAAUUCAUUAUUUUUUACAUUUAAAAUAAAAAGAAAAUAAACCAUAAAUGUCUCAUUACACCUUCUUGGCAUCAUACAAAUUACACUUUUAAACUUUUAUGAACGUUUUCCACGUGCUGUAUCUAUUGGUAACGAAUAAAAAAUAUAUAUUUGAGUUUAAAUGUUGAAACAAAUAUAAUUUUUUGAAUACUUG